CUCUCCCUUUCCUUUCUCUUUCCUCUUGGGUCCCCCUCUCUUCCAUAAAAGCCCAGUCUUUGGGUCCUCUCGAUUUCAAGCUCACUCCCACUCACUUCACAUGGCUGAGCUGUUGGACGAUGCCGAGUUCUGGCUGCCGUCCGAGUUUUUGACCGACGACGGUGGGAUUAUGAAGAAAGCGAGUCUCAAGAACGGAAACGGUGGAAAUAACGGUACUGAGUCUUUGCUGUUCGGUCAUGGUUUCACUACUGAGUUUCCAUACAUGUUCGACUCGUUCUCAGUUCUGGGCUCCCCUGUUGGAUCUUUUGUUGAGUCCACUGAGACUGAGAGUAGCGACGAGGAUGAGUUUCUCGCUGGAUUGACUCGUCGUCUCGCCUACUCAACGAGUCAGAAACUCACAGUUCAUGCUCUGGACAAAAACGAGAAAAACGGAGCUUUUUCGAGUUCACCAAGGUCUACUCUGAGUGGACUCGGAUGCUGGUCGUCUUCAAGAAAUAAUAGCCCUAAUGGAACUUCUCAGGUUCCCUCUCCACCAACGUCACCGUUUUGUGUCCAAAACGACGCUUGGGAUCUCAUAUAUGCGGCUGCCGGCCAAGUUGCAAGUCUUAAAUUGAGCAAUGAAGUCCCCAAAUACACCAACUUUAACCAUGGAGGUUCCUUAUCCAAACCUCAAACAAAUCAGUUCAAUGGAAAGACAAGUAACUGGCAAGCACCAGUUCAGUAUCAGCAACAUCAGCAGAUUCAUAAUAAAACCAAGAGCAAUGUUGUUGGGGGUAGACCUUUAGGUUUACCCCAAUCUUCAUGGUCACCACUUCGAGUUCAUUCCCAACAAAAACACCCUCCGACUCACCCCGGUUCCGGCAUGAGAGCGAUGUUUCUCACCGGAUCCGGUGGAGUUAAACGAGAUUCUGCCGGUACAGGUGUCUUCAUACCUCGAAGAUACGACACCAGCACCACCAACAACACCAACCCUGAACCUAGAAAGAAACCAGGUUGUCCGACAGUGUUACUGCCUGCAAAGGUCGUCCAAGCACUAAAUCUGAACUUUGACGAACCCAACAACACCAAUGUCCUGCCCCAAUUCAGUCCCGGAUUUGCAUCGAACUAUGAUGCAUUAGUAGCAAGAAGAAAUGCGUUGUUGACACAAGCAAGGAGAAAUUUCAGACAAGAAGGAAGCUUCAACCUUCCUCAAGAAUGGACUUAUUGAAUUCAGAUUAGUGCUUGUUUUCCUGGAAAAACAAAGUUGCAGUAAAAGUAGGGGAUUCAGUAGUUUAUAUAUAUAUAUAUAUUAUAUAUGUAUAAGAAUUCAAGAAUGUGAGUGUAGUUUAGAAAUCAAAUAAGUAUUUUAUGUUAACAAAUCUGUUUUCUUCUUCUUCUGGCAUUCAAGGAGAUUUGAAGAUUGCAGCAGCUUAUGGGGAUUAGCUAUAGGAACAAAAAUGGGGGAAUGGUUCUUUUGUUGUAAUAAAUUUUAUUUUUCGUCUUUUAGGGGGGAUUGUAGAAGGAAAAUCCAUGGCCCUCUUUUGUAAUAUCCCCUUGGGAGUUAAUAUAUAUUUUAUUAUUAGUUCCAUUUGAAAA